ACUUGAGUGACAGACUUUAUAUUCAUGUUUGUUUGCUAUAUAAAAAUGUUCGUUUUCGUGUGCAGAAAGGUGUUCGCUUGUCGCAGAAAAGGACGUUACUUCAUCAACAUGUGGACUUUUACAUCAUAAAUUCUGUAGGAUAGUCAUAUUGUGCUUUCAAGAUUUCCGCUGGAAAUUUUGUUGACACCUUAGUACAUACAUGGAGGAACGCUGACACAUAUUAGAAUGGCUAGUCGUUGGCGGUAGAACUGUAGCAUUCAUAACGCCUACGCGAUAUCAUGUGGAGCGCGGGGCCUUCAGAAGACAAACACCCGGUUUGCCGACCGUCGAGUUCCACGAGCUCACGACGAAGUUCACUUGGAUGAGGCUGACGUGGUGACGAAUUGUAUAGAUCACAGUGCUCAGCUGUUAACGCGCUUCCGUCAUGGAUGACGCAGAAGUCGAGCAGACAAUCGCACAGAAACUAUUGUUCUACACCACUGCUUUCUUCAUCCUCCUUGGCACUUUCAGCCUCUUCGCCUUCCUCUUCCUGGUGCCUUUCGUCAUUGAGCCGGCCUUCACUACCAUCUUCAUGCAGUUCGACCCGGUGGCCGCCCUCUGUCAGACGGUUGAUACCGAAACCAGGCAGGGCGCGUCCAAUUGCACGUGGAGCUCGUGUCGAGAAGGCUGCACCAAGGAUGUAUUCGAAUGCACCCAGAUCCGCGUCAACUACAAAAUUCUACCAGUAGUUAAGACGGAGGAAGGCGAGGAAGGGAAUACUGAGGAGGACGAAGUAGCUGAGGGGUCAGCAGAUGACGAUAUUGUUGCUAAACUUCAUGAGUAUCUGAGGUCACAAAGAGAUGUUAGUAACAUUGUCAAGAGGCGCGAAGUAGAGCACACCAGUUCGAGAUCCGGCAGAGCCAUUCGGCAGUAUGACUAUUCUAAUGAAAUGGACGAAGACGAAGAGGAGACAGUUCAUAAUGGAUUGGAAUCAUCAGAGCAAACCGGACUUUUAGGGAACGACUCAGAAUGGUAUUAUGCUAAAGCAAGGUUAUUCCCGAAUGUGAAAGGGUGUGGAUACCCGCCUAUGCUCAAUUGCAGCAUUUUUGUGAAGAAGUACAGUGAACCGGGGACCAACUUCUCGUGUUAUUACAGCAAGAUAGAUCCGGGACUAGUGAUGAGCGAGCUGGAUAUGUGGCAGGUGUACAUGAAUCUCGUGUACGCCAUGGCUAUUCCCAUCCCGUCCUUUAUCAUUUCCGUCAUCUACCUUGCAUUCGCCUACUUCAAGAUCUACAACGACGAUGAACAAGAAGCUCUGGUAAACGCUGCAGGCGAAGUCGUGGAAGGGGAAACUGGAGGGGAUGGAAUGACGCCCUUGCCUCCGCUUACUAGUGGCGCCAUCACGCCGGGCAGCGAGAUCUUCAGAGAGGACCUUGCGAGCUUCGGACAUCAGCUCAAGGUGGCAAUGGCCGACGAGAUGAGCAGAGAAAGCGUAGCGGAUGCCGUCCCUGUUAUCUCCAAUUCUAACUCCAUACCUGGAAACUUGAGCAAGACGAUGACGACAAGUAUCUCAACGCCGCAUGGGCAGAUAGCGGAAGUUUGAGGCGUUCCUUCCAGGGGCUGUCCAACAUCUCCUGGAAACCCAAGUAGAGCGGCAUCAAGAGCAGAGGAUAGUGCUACAUUCAGCUGUGAGCUUCAGUGGUUGCAGAGCUUUCUUGCUUAACCUCUCUGCACAUAUGAGUGUAUGCUGAUGCGUCUGAAACAAGCAGGGGGCCUUGGACAUUAUAAGGAGGCCUGAUGUGGGUUAUUAUUGUUAUUAUAAGAAUUGAAACAUGAAUAAGAAAUGUGCUGUUACCAUAGCAAUACCAGGAAUUUGUUAUCCUGAUUAUAGAUGUACGAGUAUAUAAUAACUGCUUGGUUUCAUUUCCUGUUUGUUCGUUUCGUUUGUUGCUUUUGAAUAUUACUGCACACACAUACGGGAGAGAGUGUGAGAGAGCUUCAGCAUGCAGAGGAAUUAGCUACUUGAAUAUAGUCUUAUGAAUCUGUGCUUGUAGCAUGUAUCAUGAAGUAUUUUCCGAAAGGUUACUUUUGUGUAAAAACGAAAUCCCUGUAAUACACUUAAUAUUAAUUAGUUCUACAGUCUUGUGUGUAACAAUAUAUUAAAACUUAUUAAAAGCUAGUCACUUUCGACCAUAUUGGCCAUCAUCAGGUGUUAACAGUUGUGGGUGAGGACACUGCUGUCUUUUUCCCUUGGUGCUUGACGUAUGGUUCUCCUAUUGCGUUUGUGUGUCUGUAUCAAGUGUAAAUUCUAAUAGAAGGAUUUACACUUGUUACAAACACACUUAUGCACUAGAAGAACCGUACAUCAGCUAAGCAUCAACGCAGAAAGACAGCGGUUUCAUCACCCACAAUUGUUAACACCUGAUGAUGGCCACUUUGGUCGAAACAUAUCAUUAAAAAUCUAUAAAGUGACUAGCUUUUAAUAAGUUUCAAUAAAUUGUUGCACAUAAGACUGUAGAAGUAAUUAACACUAAGUGAAAAGCGCAACAGGAUGCUACAAUAUAAUAUUACCCUGUAAUACAGAUGGAAACCGAUACGGCAGGGUCCAUCCUUUGUGGCAUGCUGUACUUAUACAUAUAUAUUAUAUAUAUUGAAUUUACAUUUUUAUGAAAUAAUUGUAAGCUUAAUUCAUUAAUCAUGUUUAAAUUGUUUAUGUUUUUCAAACAAGGUACUUCGGGUAUUAAAUGAAACAAACCGUUAGACACGAAAAGUUUAAAAUCUUGAAAACUCGUGUGAUUUAUAAAUUAAGCGAAAUUUAAAUUUUAUAACUGGAGGAAGUCGUUAUGCAGUAAUGCGAUGUUAAUAUAAUAUGACGGCGUUCUAUUGUCUUAACUACUUUUAUAUAUAUAUAUAUAUACAUGCAAACAGUAACAAGAGAGCAUAAUGGCUUAUAUUAAAGUAUGUUUUUGUUUUGGUGCCAUUGUAAGCUGUAAAAAUAAGUCUGUAAUUUUAAAAGGCACAACUAUUGAAACAUGAAUCCCAUAACAUUAAGGAAAUAAAGUACAGUUCGUACGAGACUAUAGAAACAACAAGGAAUGAACGCAAAACGUUCUAUAUCAAUUGGAUUGCAGAUAAUGACAACCACUGUAACUACUUCAGUAGGUGAACAUGCAAACUUUUGUGAAUCAAUGAUCGAGCAACAUUUUCGAGCAUUUUUCAAGUAUCAAGCAUGUGUCUGUUCUGCUGGUUUCGAUCCAAAACCAAUAGUUAGCCGAACGUUUGGUAACAUAGCUUAGUCUCAUGCCGAUCAAAGUGGCCGCGAGGUCUAAGGCCCGAAAUGUCUUCUCCCGCUCAAACACUGAGACCGUGAGCUCGAAUCCCGCUCGAGGCAGGGAUAUCUGCGUUUAUUCUGUGUUUGUGUUGUCCUAUAUAGGUACCGGCCUUGCGACUUGGCUGAUCCCCUAUCAAAGGAGUCCUACGGACUGUCUCUAAGAUUCAUAGUUCCUGAAUUAAAUUUGAAUGUUAACAGCUCAGAGAGCCCAAUCCAUCAAGGCAGAAGAACUUAGCACCAUCAUCUACGUGUAUGUGCACGCACCAUUAAUGCACGUUUGUGUGCUCUUGUAUGUGUGUGCUCCCCUUUCCUAGUUUAAGACAGUGAAACUUGUAUUGAAUUUUAGAAGAUUUAUGGCCCAUUAAUAUAUUCAUCUAUUUGUACUAUACAGAACACACAUAAUUUAAUGCUGGGCUUCACUUAAAGCUCUGUAAAACUUCCCUGCUUUAGUAUCUCGGUUGUUAAAUGUGCCUGCACAUUCAGACAAAUUGUUUUACUGUCUAGAUUAAUCUGUUAUUACAGGCUUUGAGGAAGGAGUCGUUACACUCUCACUUCAAAUUUAUCGCCAGUUGCAUUACACUUAUAUGUCUGAAUCCUACUUGCAAUUUAUUAUAAUGUAAUUAAUGAUACCCACAAAUUGUUGAAUUAAUUUUAAUGUCUUAUGGUUUUUUCCUCAUUGGAAAUUUACUGUGCUUGCUCGCAUAUGUGUCGAAGCCGUUCAACAUAUAACAUAUGAUUUCAGAUGAAGCAUAGUUUAAAAGAAAAUCAUGAAGGGUAAGAGAACUGGAAGAUUUCACAACGAAUCCGGUGUUUCCGAAAUUACUAGAUGUUUUACUUUGAUGAUGAAUUGUACAGUAUACAAAAUCAAGAUAAAUAAAUGCUGUCACAUUGGA